GAAUGUAUAUUUUGUUGUUAUGGAUAUGCAAUAAUAUAUAGGCCAAGCUGAUCCAUCAGUCAUUUUCGGGACGUAUGGAUUGAUUUGACGGACAUUAUUUGUUCAUGUAAUAAAUUAAUUUUUUCAUACUGUCAAUGUAGAAACAUAAGGUUCUUCAAACAUAAAGCCAAGACAUGGAACAAAUAUUUGACGAUACUAUAGACACUGUACUUUAAAAUCAAAACAUAAUUAAACUGCAAGCCAUGAAUCGGUACCAGACAAUGAGACAGCUGGGGGAUGGGACAUACGGCAGUGUUCUUCUCGGCAAAAGUAAUGAGACUGGUGAAAUGGUUGCUAUCAAAAAGAUGAAGAAGAAAUAUUACUCAUGGGAUGAAUGUAUGGAACUGCGGGAAGUAAAGUCUUUACGCAAAUUGAACCAUGCAAAUAUUGUGAAAUUGAAAGAAGUUAUCCGGGAAAACGAUCAUCUUUAUUUUAUUUUUGAAUUCAUGAAAGAAAACCUAUAUCAGCUAAUGAAAGAUAGAGAUCGUUUAUUACCAGAGUCUGUAAUACGGAACAUCUUAUAUCAGAUCUUACAAGGGCUAGCAUUCAUUCACAAACAUGGAUUUUUUCAUCGUGAUAUGAAGCCAGAGAAUUUGUUAUGUACUGGACCAGAGUUAGUGAAAAUAGCUGAUUUUGGUCUUGUAAGAGAGAUCCGCUCAAGGCCACCAUAUACAGACUAUGUCUCAACAAGAUGGUACCGCGCACCAGAAGUACUACUUCGCUCUACUAACUAUAAUUCUCCGAUUGACAUAUGGGCGCUGGGUUGCAUAAUGGCAGAAUUAUACACAUUACGGCCACUUUUCCCAGGCAGUAGUGAGGUGGACGAAAUCUUCAAAGUGUGCUCUGUAUUAGGAACACCAAAGAAGAUGGAUUGGCCAGAAGGUUUCCAACUAGCAAAUCAGAUGAAUUUCAAGUUUCCUCAGUGUGUGCCUACACCUUUCAAAUCACUGAUUGGUAACGCCAGCCCGGAGGCUCUCAAUCUACUCAGAGAUAUGCUCCAUUGGAACCCACAGAAGAGGCCAACAGCAGCGCAGUGUUUGAAGUAUCCUUACUUUCAAGUUGGACAAAAUCUUGGACCAAAAACCCCAGUUCAAACUAAGCCACAAAGUAUUGAAUCAAAGAAAUACAGUUAUGGCCAGGAAAACCCCAAGCCUAAUGUGAUGGGUAAUAAAGAUGUGACAUCUCAAGUGGAAAGGAAAGAGGACAAAAAGGACGAUUUAGAUGAUUUCUUAUCAUCACUUGGCAAAAAGAAAGAGAAACCGGCACAAGCAGUUGCACCGGCGAACAAACCAAGGCGCCACUGGGAUCAAGCUGAAGCAACGAAAACAGACACUACAAAAACAAACGCUAGAAAAACAAACAUGGACAAUAUAGAAGAUGAUUUUGAUUUUAUUAUGAGUUCCAUUAAGAAUAAACCUGUUGCACCAAUAACCAGACAGCCACCUGCAAAACAAAAAUCAUCAUUUGAUUGGGGUGAUGAUGAUUUAUUUGAACCAAAAGAGAAACCGUCUUAUAGUAAUAUUAACAAAGUGCAAUCUCAUGCUGCCCGACGUUUGCUCGAGUCUGGUAACUCGUCCGCUUCAUCUGCGAAACAGUUUUACUUUAGGCAGUCACGUUACCUACCUGGAAUGAACUCGAAGAGUCCAUUGAAGGAUUCUCCAGCAGGCAGACCCCCAGUCAAAGCAGGCGUAGGAAGAACUAACAGUAUAUUUGGUCCAGGGUCAAGUAGCUAUGGUCGGAGGAACAAUAGUGGAUACAGUGGAAGUAACUAUGGUGGUAGCAGUUACAUGCCAACAUUUGGUCAGAGAGAGAUUCAAGGUGGUAGGGUGCAAGGUGUCAGUGAUUAUAGUUCAUGGAAGGCAACAAGGCCUGCAGCAAGUAACAACUCAACCAGUAUGAGACCAGCUCAAGCAGUACAUGGACGUACAGACUGGGCCUCAAAAUAUGGUGGUAUAAGGUGAGAGGAAAGGCCAAGUAUUACAGAAGAUUUUGAGGUACUAGAAAUGCAAGCCGCAAAAGUUGUUGGUUGUUGAAUAAUGAAAUAGUCAUUCAAAUCAGAGACUGUGAUCAUGUAUUAAUUUGUGGCAUUAUUUUAUUUAUUAUUACUAGUUACAUUAUUUAACAAUUUGAUGGUAGUUUAAUUAUGUCACCAUUUCUGGUUGUAGCUUCAUGAGCAACAUUGUUAGACAAUCUGUUGCUGUUUGAGUACCAUUUAGUUUAUCAUUUCUUUUUUAAACAUCCAGUGGUAAAUUUCAUAGUAAAAGAAGAUAUUAAGUUACAUAUUAAUAUACCAUUGUUCUUAUUUCAUUUUCAACCUCUAAAAGACUUUGUACAAAUUAUCUUUAUUAAUCAUUAGUAUAGAUCAAAAUACCUUCUGAUAAUAUAGAUGCGUAUUUGAUGUCAUUGUGAACAAUUUUAAUUGAACAACGCAUAUUUAUAGACUUGCCAGUGACGAAGGACUAGUCUUGUCCCAAACAUAAUCUUCUUUGUGACUGUUUAUCCAUGUUUAAAUUUUAGCUUGUACAUAUAAAUUUUUUUAUCUAAUACCUGAUUAACACGAUAGAAGUGAACUAAUUAUUAAGAAAUUGUACCAAGGAUAUUUUCCCUAGUAAGGAUAUUUCAUUCAUCAAAAUAUAUUACUUUGCAAGAAUACCAAAGAUAAGCUUGGUAAAUAAACAGACUUCAAGAAGGCCGGUAAAGUUUACGAGAUUUAGCAAGGAUGUGUGCACAUAGUAAUAAGGUGCAGCUUACGUUUCAAUUUGGUGUUGCGCGUAUCUUCACUGUUUGCAUAUUAAUUGUAUGUGAAAGCAACAAAUCUUGGUAGAGAAAUAUCGGAACAGAUAUAAUUAGUACAUUUUCUAUUGUGUGAACCAGGUAAUUAUCUACAUCCAGCUAUAGAUCCUAGUUACAUUGUUGACUUCAAAUACAAUAUGCUCUACAUUAUUAGUUGAGUAUGUAAAAUGGAUAACAGGUUUAGUGUUAUAUAUCAUUUAGGCACAUGUACACAGUGGCAUAGGUAGGGGUGCAGAACACGUGAGGGGGGAGACCACAAAAAAGCUAUCCCCCAUCCCCACUAGAAAUUUACGAAACAAAAAAUUGUGCUCAAGUAAUUAAAAAUCACCUCAUUGUGCUCCCUUCACUUUAAUCAUUGAACCCUCCCACUUCACCCUGCAUUUUAGAUAGAUGCCACAGCAUACGUAAAGACAUUAUGUACAUGGGACCAACAUCUUAAAACUUCCAUCCACGAGACAGUGUCUAACCAACAUUACCAAAAGCAGGUUGCCUAUGUUCAAGGUACAAUAGUGGUGUACAAAAAUGAUAUUACAUGCUUCUGCAUAAAUUUAUCUAUUAAAAAACAUGUAUAAAACAUGUACGGAAACAAAUUGACAAUAGCAAGUAGGUAUCCCAUCACUACAACAUGAUUGCCUGAAAGUGUGUUACACCAGUAAUUGCCUCUAGGCUAGCGUGAAAAUUGUGCAUUAAAAGUUACUUUGAUUUUUUUUUUAAAAAUCAUUUUAUCAAAUAUCAGAGCUAAUAAAAUCCUGUCAUGUACAGUACCAUCCAGAAAUCUACUGCCGUUAAUCGUGUAAUUUCCGCGGAAAAUAUUCGUGGAAAAUUUGAGCGUCCAUAUUCUGCGAGUGGUCCAUUAUGUCAUUGUUUAGCAUCUACUUCCAGUCAAAAGUCGGAAGAAAAAUAAGUAGCUAGAUAAUAGAAAAAAUGAAAUAAGAAUUUCCUUCACAUUCCUUGUAUUCAUAUGCCAACAAUCAUAUUUAAGUUUCAAUUGUGUACAGAGUUUAAUGUCAUUUUAUAUUUCAGACUUCUUUUAGUUGCUAUGUAAUGUAAAUACUGUAUAGCUAUUAGUAUAUUUUAAUCGGUGAGAUCAUUUAAAAUUAGCAGGUCCAAAGUGUAAUCAAACAAGUUAUAAAUGCAAAGUCGGGCACUCACAGGAGUCUGAAGCGAUCAUCAUUAAAAUCAGUUUUGUGGCAGUGAGUGUCCAGCUUAAGGAAUAGUGAAAAAUCUUUGUUUUUUUCAACAAUGCAUCUACCAUUCCUUUAUUGUUGUCAUAGUCCCUUAAAUUGACUAGCAAUCAGUUGAAAGGUUUUUGUAGUAAAAAAAAUUAUGCUUGAAUGAUUUGGUAUGUUUCAUUGAAACUUAUUCUCCAGGUAUCACCACUGAAUACUUAACAUAACAUACAGUAGUAAUAUCCCUGUGUUAUGUUUUGAGAGUGAAUUCACAUUUAGGUAAGAAAUGUGACCCAGAUUUUAAUCAAUAGUACUGUAUCUUGUUGGAUUUGAAGAAAUAAAACCACAAGUUAGAGAGAAA